UGGCGCGCAUGUCCAGCUACCACCAACGGCACCGAACAAGCUCACCACAAUGUCAAUCGUUACGGCGUGAACUUGACACUUCUAGGUGGCAUUAUGAGAGGACAAGCCUUUGACGGUUGAGCAGCGCAGAGCAUCGAUAUUCAUGUGUCUCUGGGCAUUGGCACUCGUGAUCGUGAUUCCGCUCACGCUUACCGUGCAUCGAAAAGUAUCACUCGUCAAGCGCCGCCAUGUCACGCAAAAUCCAGUGGCACAACCCGCAGGCAAUGGGCAUUAUGCACUGCAGCAACCAGCACCCCGAAGAAUCAUACGAUUCACGCCAGUGCCAUCCUGCAUACUUGCUAAUACCCUUCGACCAGACAUCAAAGGAGUACCGGAGCCGUGUCUAUCACCGCACCAUACUGUACGACGACUCGCUAGUUCCACUCCACCUCACCCGUGUUCCCAUCUUGCAGCUCAGUACUCUCGAUGGUGCACUUUGUGGAUGAUGACAUAUUAGCUUGGGCGAGUACUUAGACUGAAGAGAAUAUGAUACACCGCCACCUCGUCAUGUUAAACAUACUU